GUUCGGUUCCAGUGCGCACAAAUUGCUGCAUGCUCUUCUAUGUUCUAUGCCGCCUCCAUUUGAGUAGCUGUUGAAAAGUACUGCAUUUCAGUUUCCUUCAAGAGCAGUGGGGCCCCAACAUAAGCCCCACGCGCCCACGCUUUGACACCCCUCCAGCCCCCUGCCUGUCAGAGCCUCUCCUCUUAUGAAAGCCCCUACAAAGGUCUAUAGCAGCCCGCAUGUGCCGGUGGCACUUUGACACGGAAAUGGUGCCCCCGUGGUUGACAAGGGCGACAGCAAAGGGUACCCCUGGCAAAGGGCUGUGCGAGGAGGCCGCGGCACCUAGCCAUGCACUGUGCCUUGCAAGGGUUGCUGCGCCGGGGCCGAGCCCAACGCAACCCGUAUGCGGGCGCUUCCGUGUCGUGCGCAUGCAUUUCAACUAGCCAAGUGAAUUGGCACAUGGAGGGCAGGAUAUUGGUGAUGGAACGGCAAUGCAGUUUGUAAGGGCAUUGUGUGUGCGGGGGGGUGGGGGCCUGGGGGGGGUGCUCGAUGUGGGUCCCGAGUUGGUCUCCACUCUCAACUGAUGAUGAGUGGUGGCUGGUAGAGGCGAGGGUCAACUCAUUUGGUCCCAGUUCAUGCAGCACGUUGACCAUACCAUUUUGCCCGCAUACAGCUUUGAUGCUGGUGGAUGUGAACUUCAGGUUGCCAGGUCACUCGCAUACCGCUUCUGUGUCCAACCCAGAGCUGUGACUGGGCAACUGGACUGGAGCAGUCCGGGCAAGCCAAGUGAUUUCAGGCAGGCUGUUUAGCAUUUCAGCACUUCAGCUGCUGUCGAGCCUGUGUGUGCACUGUGGCACGCAUACCCACACUUGGUGAAGCAGUGGAGCUGACAAGGGCUUGUAGUAACUUUCGCCGUG